AUACCUGGCCCCUGCAGCAGCAGCAGCAGCAGCAGCAGCAGCAGCAAGGGAGCUGCAGCAGCGGGUGCGGCGGCAGCAGCAGCUGCAACAGCAGCAGCAGAUGGUGCGGCAGGUGCCGCGGUAGCAACAGCAGCAGAUCAGCGGCACGUGCCGCAGCAGCAGCAGGAACAGCAACAGCAGCAGCAACAGCAGCAGCAACAGCCGUGGCAGCAGCACAGACACAGCCAUAGGAGUUGCUGCAGCAGCAAAUUGAUGGCACAGGCUAGAACUGUCACUGCAGCAGCACGUUCUACUUACUGCUUCCCGCGCAGCAGCAGUAGCAUUAGCAGCAGCAUUAGCAGCAGGAGCAGCAUCAGCAGCAGCAGCAUUAGCAGCAACAGCAGCAGUCACCUGUAG